UGAGGGCAAGGUGGCCUGAGCGGAUGAAAGAAAAGCUGCAACGCAGAAUGACGGGCGUUGGAAGGGACCUUUGGAGACCCAUCUAGUCCAACCCUGCUAAAAUAAUGAAACACCACCGUGCGUCUUCUGGUAAAACACAGAAGACCACUGGUGGGACAUCAGCAAAAAAGCCACUCAAGUCACAAAAUCAACAAAGGCCUUCCAGUGUCAAAAAGAGAACAGAUGAAGAUGGAGGGAAACAAGGUCAAAAAAGAAAGAUAACUCAAACAGUCAAAAGGAAAGCUGCAGAACAUGAAGACUCUUCCCCUGCAGGAGAACAGUGUUCUCCAAAAAAGGUGAAGGUAUCCAAUGCUAAAAUAGGAUCUUGGCAGACUUUCUCAGAGAGCAGUAGGCAGUUUCUGGCAACUGUAAUGGAAGCAGCAAUACUAUCUGUUUUGUGCAAACAAAGCAAUAGGAAAGGUGAUGUUCAGAAGCACCUCAAUAUACUUAAAGAAAGGGUGCUGAGUUCUUUCAAGACUGUAAAGGUGCCCCCAGGGAAGCUGGGCAACCUGAAGAAUGUCCCAAGCCUUCAGAUGUCAGAGAAACAAACACUUGAGACAAAUGAAGAGACUUUGGCAAAACUGAAGGAAGAAAUAAAGGAAGCUGAGCGAUCAGCAGAACAUGUUGAAGAAACUACUCAACAACUGCAGUACAAAAUCCAAAUGCUCCAGAACCAGUUAGAAAAAGAUGAAAGAAAGGCCAAAGAGGUAUUGCAGGAAAAUGGAGGUGGAACUCUCCACCUUCCAGAACUUCCCAAGCGCAGUUUACAGGCACCCACUUUGCAGAAAGAAAUUUUGAAGAUAAAAAAUCAGAAAGGUCUCUUAAAAGAUAUGAAUGCUAUUCAGCAGUCAGCUGAUCUGAAGAACAUGUUAAACCUCAUUGAGAAGAUCUAUGAGAAGGUGGACUUGCUUUAAGAAAUCAGAAUAUAUGGAGUCUCAUUUGAAGAAUAAAACGUAGGUCAUAACUUUGUAUUAGUGAAGAGACAGUGUUUUCUUUCUAAUGGCUUUACUGUUGUGACUGCUGAAUAUCUGUUGAAGUGUUUUGCAUGCAUAUUGGUAUAUAAGUCUGUAGCUGCAUUCUGAGACUCUAGUGAAGAGUUUUGGGGGAGUUUUUGGGCCUAUGAUGACUUCUAAUUAUGAUAAAUACUGCCUUAGGAAAAGGGAGGACAAAGGAUCCUGGGCUUAUGUGGACAUUUUUAUAGAAGAAAGUAACCUAUUCCAUUAUAUUUGUACUUUGAUAUCACAUCUGUAAAUUGGUGAAGGCAGCAUCUCUUACCAAACUAGCUUUUGUUUGGGAGUUAAAUCCCCUUUAACUCUGAAACUCAUAAAAAUAGGAUUAUCUACUGCUCAUCUGAAAAUCCGUUGUUUAAUUUUCUUACAGUUCCUUAGUUUCCUGCCACAGAGGGUUUUUAUUGAGUAAUUAAAUAUUUAAUUGAAUGAUUUUAA